AUGUCAACCGACUACAAAUUCCAAGGAUGGCUCGGCAUGGACGCCAACUCGGCGAAGGGCGAGAUGGUGUGGAAGCAAUUCGAACCGAAGCCAUUUGACGAGGCCGAGGACAUCGACAUUCAGAUCACACACUGCGGCAUUUGCGGGUCGGACCUGCACACGCUGCGCUCCGGCUGGGGUGCGACAAGCUACCCGGUAUGCGUGGGUCACGAGAUCGUCGGGCACGUCGUGCGCGUUGGCUCAAAGGUCAAGGGCAUCAAGGUCGGCGACCGCGUCGGCGUCGGCGCGCAGUCGUACGCGUGUGAGAACCGCAACGGCGACUGCGAGAUGUGCGCCGACGACUGGGCGCCGUACUGCCCGCACAACGUCGGCACGUACGCCUCGAAAUGGCAGGACGGCAGCAAAUCCAUGGGCGGUUAUGCCGACUACUGGCGUGGACACAGCAGCUGCGUGAUCAAGAUCCCCGACGAGAUCUCCUCGGAACACGCCGCGCCCAUGCUGUGCGGCGGUAUCACGACGUGUAAGCCACUGUUCGAGCACGGCGCCGGCCCUGGCAAGAGGGUGGGCAUCAUCGGCAUCGGCGGGCUGGGCCACUUCGGCAUCCUCGGCGCCAAAGCACUGGGGUGCGAGCAGAUCGUGGCGAUCUCACGGUCGAGCGCCAAGAAAGAGGACGCACUGAAGAUGGGCGCCACGGGCUUCAUCGCCACAGACGAGGACAAGGACUGGGUCAGCAAGCACGGCAACUCACUGGACCUGAUCGUCUCGACGGUCUCGAGUCCUAAGCUACCCCUUGAGCAAUAUCUGCGCUUACUGCGUAUUCAUGGCAAGUUCGUCCAGGUCGGUGCCCCGGAGGACAAGUUGCCUGCUGUCUCGGCAUUCAGCCUCAUCGGCAGACAUGUUUCGAUCGCCGGUAGUAUGAUCGGUUCGCCCAAUGACAUCAGGAAGAUGUUGGACUUGUUUGUCAAGAAGGAUAUUCGCACUUGGAAUAACAACUACUCCAUGCAGGAUGCGAAUAAGGCGUUGCAAGACUUUGAGGCCGGGAAGCCGAGAUAUCGCUUCGUAUUGGUCAACGAGAAACAUCUCAAGUAA